UGUAGCUUUGAUUGCCACCAGGAGCUGGACAGGAUCCGUCAUCCCGGCCUCCCAGCACCCCGCCAGCAGUCAACACCUUCCUCGGCACGGGCCGGGGAAAUCUACGAAACCAAAUUUAUUGAAUGCUCAAUGGCCCAAACGAUGGACGACAUGGUCUUCCAGUGCAGCAAUCAAAACUCGAUCUAUGUGCUGAAUGCCAGUUACGGUUCCUAUGGGGACUAUGGCACAUAUGCGGCAACAAAGCGUGAAAUAAAUGGCAGCCGGAGCAGAGCGGCAAAUCCAAUUGGGGCAACUUGCUCGAGUGGCGUCCUGCAGCAUAAAUUCAAAACUUUCGGCAGUCGCGCAGCAACAACAGCAGCACCAGAUUUGGACGCAGCAGCGGGAUGCGCAGCAAACUACGUAAAUCCUGUCGCUACAUCAAUGUCAACCGCAAUGUGUUCACCGGCAACGGCGGCCCUGCAAAAACUGUUCAAUUGCAGCGUCGGCGUCGCCUGCCAAAAUGUCACCCACGCCCACAGCAACCACAGCAGCAGCAGCAACAUCAGCAGCAGCAGGAGCAGCAGCAGCAGCAGCCACAUCCACAUCAGUGGCAGCAACAACAAUGCCGCCGCCAGCAACCAUAACAAUAGCUGCCUGUCGGCGGCAGGCGGAGUGGGUCUCCAAAGCGCCCGGAAUCGGAGCCGGAGUGGCGGCGAAUGCCUCGAUGGCGCAGCGGGAGUGGUUACCUCGCCAGGCGGAGGAGGAGGAGCAGGUGGCCUUCCUCUGCUCCCGAAGAAGAAAUGCACCACUGUCAAAUCAGCGCUUAUUGCCAAGAAGACAAAGUUUCUCAAAUAUCUCGAAGAAGAAAAAUGGCGCAGCAACGCGGCAGUUCCGGAAGAUGCUGGUGCCAUCAGCAAUGAGGCGGAGCCACCCACUCCGGGCGGCAACAACAACGGCGGGAACUUGAAAAAUCAGAGCAACAGUCGGGAGGCUGGAGCUGGAAAUGGCAGUGGCAGUGGCACUGGCACUGGAGGUGGCAGUGGAAGUGGGGGCCAGCUGAACAAACCGACCAACUGGAGCAUGCAUAAUGAGGACACCAGCACGCCGCUGGCCAGCCACCAACUACAACAGCAGGUGAAAUCGAGUUUCGAGCUCUACCAGGAGGCAGCCGACAUUUUGGGCCUGAGUUGCAGCCUCUGUGAUAAUUGCCGAUGCCUGGACUGCCAGAGCGGUUACUUCGACUGCGACGACGACGAUGAGAGCUACUCGGAGCAAUCGCUGAUGGACGACGAGUACGACGAGUUCGACUGCGGUGCGGAGGAGCUGCAGGCGGCGAUGACAGCAGCCCGGCACCAGGAUGUGCCCCGCACGCCCUGCUGCCCCCUGGGUGCGAGUUCCCACCUGCCGCACAAGGAGGACUCCCAACCGGCCGCACACACGCCCCCGCAAUCGGAAUCCCUGGGCCAUCGGGUGGCCAUCGAUUUUGAUUUAAUUAACGCCACUUGCAGCCAGGUGCUGCAAAACUGUGAAACAUUCAACGAUUUGAGUCUGCUAGACGCCGCCGCCGGAUCCGGAGCCGAGCGUCCUUUCACGUAAAUCCAGGUGACGAGCUGGAAGGCGGCGGAGAGUGGGAUAUCCCCCAAUCAGGAGUCCGCACACUGCAGCUAAUUAAAGUUUAACAUCGGUCAGGUUGGAGCCCAUUAAUUGCAACUGACACCUUCCACAGUGGCUGCCAAUUGUAUGCGGACACAGCGCUGGUGUUUGCCUUCCAUUUAUUUUCUUAUUUUGAUUUCAAUUAAGUUCGAUGCAAAUAGAGCUGCUGAUACUGGUGAACAGGAUGCUUCCGCUGGCAUAUAAACUGCAUAAAUACGCAAUGGCCAUUGUGCAAACCUAAAUAGUUGGCGAGCGUGACGAACUGGUCAGCAAAUCGCAAAUAAAUUAAUUGUGAAUUGCGAAUUGCAAUUUCGAUUCAAUUUAAAGGCAGCGGAAACUUAAUUGAAAAGCAGAUGCGUUCCGGCGAUGGCGAUUAUCAGUGAACACAAACCACAUAUGCAAAAACAAUGAAAAACCAAAACGAAUUGUGCCAAUUUCAUAUUCAUAUUCAAAUGAAUGUUAUCGCGCUGCAAUGAGUGCAAACCGAAAUCGAAUUCAUUGGGAUUAUUCGGCUCGUAAUCUGACAACUCAACUACUUGAAAAUUCAAUGAAAUAUUUAUCCCUAAUCUGUGUAAAGGGUCUAUGUUGUUAGCGCCUAAGUAUGUAAGAAUUUUAGUGUGAUGCUUUUGUUUUGUUCGUUCACUGAUUUCAAAUCAAGGAGAAACAUUGGAAAUAUAUUUGUGUUGGAAAAGAA